GCAGGCCACGCCCCCUUUUGCGUUCCCAGCGCGAGGCCCGAAUGGCGGCAGGCAGGCGCCCGGCGGCCGGCCCUCGGUCGAGAGCUGCCAUGGCCCAGUGGAGGAAGAAGAAGGGGUUCCGGAAGCGCCGAGGCACGGCCUCCCAGGCCCGCGGCAGCGACUCGGAGGACGGCGAGUUUGAGAUCCAGGCGGAAGAUGACGCCCGGGCCCAGAAGCUGGGACCUGGCAGACCCCUGCCCACCUUCCCCACCUCAGAAUGCACCUCAGAUGUGGAGCCAGACACCCGGGAGAUGGUGCGUGCCCAGAACAAGAAAAAGAAGAAAUCUGGAGGCUUCCAGUCCAUGGGCCUAAGCUACCCGGUGUUCAAAGGCAUCAUGAAGAAGGGGUACAAGGUGCCGACGCCCAUCCAGAGGAAGACCAUCCCAGUGAUCUUGGAUGGCAAGGACGUGGUGGCCAUGGCCCGGACGGGCAGUGGCAAGACGGCCUGCUUCCUCCUCCCCAUGUUCGAGCGGCUCAAGACCCACAGUGCCCAGACUGGGGCCCGUGCCCUCAUCCUCUCGCCCACCCGAGAACUGGCCCUGCAGACCCUGAAGUUCACUAAGGAGCUAGGCAAGUUCACUGGCCUCAAGACUGCCCUGAUCCUGGGUGGAGACAGGAUGGAAGACCAGUUUGCAGCCCUGCACGAAAAUCCCGACAUAAUUAUUGCCACGCCCGGACGGUUGGUGCAUGUGGCUGUGGAAAUGAACCUGAAGCUGCAGAGUGUGGAAUACGUGGUGUUCGAUGAAGCCGACCGGCUUUUUGAAAUGGGCUUCGCAGAGCAGCUGCAGGAGAUCAUCGCCCGCCUCCCCGGGGGCCACCAGACGGUGCUCUUCUCCGCCACGCUGCCCAAACUGCUGGUGGAAUUUGCCCGCGCUGGCCUCACAGAGCCUGUUCUCAUCCGGCUUGACGUGGACACCAAGCUCAACGAGCAGCUGAAGACCUCCUUCUUCCUCGUGCGGGAGGACACCAAGGCUGCCGUGCUGCUCCACCUGCUGCGCAACGUGGUGCGACCCCAGGACCAGACCGUGGUGUUUGUGGCCACGAAGCACCAUGCCGAGUACCUCACUGAGCUGCUGACGACCCAGCGGGUGAGUUGCGCCCACAUCUACAGUGCCCUAGACCCGACAGCCCGCAAGAUCAACCUUGCCAAAUUCACGCUUGGCAAGUGCUCCGCCCUCAUUGUGACUGACCUGGCCGCCCGGGGCCUGGACAUCCCGCUGCUGGACAAUGUCAUCAACUAUAGCUUCCCUGCCAAGGGCAAGCUCUUCCUGCACCGUGUGGGCCGUGUGGCUCGGGCUGGCCGAAGUGGCACAGCCUACUCCUUGGUGGCCCCUGACGAAAUUCCCUACCUGCUGGAUCUGCACCUGUUCCUGGGCCGCUCCCUUGCCCUUGCCCGACCCCUCGAGGACCCCUCAGAGUGGGAAUGCAUGGGACAGACAACAGGAAUCACCAUGGCCUCCAUCUAUGGGCCUCCAACUAUGGGCUUCCACCUGCAGUCCUGCUGGUUCCCGGGCCCUGUACACAUCUUGCCUCAUUUGUCCAUCUGUGCUGGAGGGAGGGCUGUCAGUCACCUCCGCUUCACAGAUGAGAGAACGGCUCUGACAGGCCUACCCACGUGCACACCACAGGAAGGUGCGGCCGGUGUGGAUGGCAUGCUGGGUCGGGUGCCACAGAGUGUGGUGGACGAGGAGGACAGUGGCCUGCAGAGCACCCUGGAGGCAUCGCUGGAGCUACGGGGCCUGGCCCGCGUAGCCGACAACGCCCAGCAGCAGUAUGUGCGCUCGCGCCCAGCGCCCUCACCCGAGUCCAUCAAGAGGGCCAAGGAGCUGGACCUUGUGGGGCUGGGCCUGCACCCCCUCUUCAGCUCGCGUUUUGAGGAGGAGGAGCUGCAGCGGCUGAGGCUGGUGGACAGCAUCAAGAACUACCGCUCCCGGGCGACUAUAUUUGAGAUCAACGCCUCCAGCCGAGACCUGUGCAGUCAGGUGAUGCGCGCCAAGCGGCAGAAGGACCACAAGGCCAUCACCCGCUUCCAGCAGGGACAGCAGGGGAGGCAGGAGCAGCAGGAGGGCCCAGUGGGCCCAGCCCCGAGCUGCCCAGCACUGCAGGAGAAGCAGCCUGAGAAAGAGGAGGAGGAGGAGGAGGCGGGAGAGAGUGUGGAGGACAUUUUCUCAGAGGUCAUGGGCCGGAAGCGGCAGCGGUCAGGACCCAACAGGGGAGCCAAGAGGCGGAGGGAGGAGGCCUGGCAGUGGGACCAGGAAUUCUACAUCCCCUACCGGCCCAAGGACUUCGACAGCGAGCGGGGCCUGAGCAUCAGCGGGGAAGGGGGAGCCUUCGAGCAGCAGGUGGCUGGCGCUGUCCUGGACCUGAUGGGGGACGAAGCCCAGAACCUGACGAGGGGCCGGCAGCAGCUCAAGUGGGACCGUAAGAAGAAGCGGUUUGUGGGAAAGUCAGGACAGGAAGACAAGAAGAAGAUUAAGACAGAGAGUGGCCGCUACAUCAACAGCUCCUACAAGCGAGACCUCUAUCAGAAGUGGAAACAGAAACAGAAGAUUGAUGAUCGUGACUCGGACGAAGAAGGAGCAUCUGACCGGCGAGGCCCAGAGCGAAGAGGUGGGAAGCGAGGCCGUGGCCAAGCAGGUGCAUCCCGGCCCCACGCCCCAGGCACCCCUGCAGGCUGCGUCCGCCCGGAACUCAAGACCAAGCAGCAGAUCCUGAAGCAGCGGCGCCGGGCCCAGAAGCUGCGCUUCCUGCAGCGUGGUGGCCUCAAGCAGCUCUCUGCCCGCAACCGCCGCCGCGUCCAGGAGCUGCAGCAGGCCGCCUUCGGCCGGGUCGCCCGCUCCAAGAAGGGCAAGAUGCGGAAGAGGAUGUGAGGACCGGGACCCAGCUUCGUGGCUCCUUGAUUGGCCUUAGGGUGGGCAUCGGCAGACGUUCCUGUGCACCACUGUGUGCCUGGCCCAGUGCUGGGCACUGGGGGCACUCCCUGCAGGAGCCAUCGUCCGUGAAAAGGAGCACUGUAUGGCCACGGAAGGGCAGCAGCUGCGUCAGCCUAAGACAGAGACAUUUGAGCAGGGCCUUGAAGGGUGUGUAGGAGUUCGGCAGCAAAGCCAGGCAGGCCAAGACCUGAGUUGGCAACUCAGCUGCUGCUGCUUCCAUGUGUUCUGGGUUCAGAGGUCAUGGCUGCACCAGUCAGAGACCUGAGUGCCUCAGGGUUUGGCGAUGGAAUUUUUAAUAUAAUAAAUCUUUGUUGAGCACUGCUGGUGGGCCAGGAGUGCAGUCUACUUGGGGAGUUGGAAUGGAGAGACCCAGGUACUAAAAUCCCAGCUAAUGUGGCAGAGGAGUUUUGGGUCUCCCCAGGGUAGGUUCUGCUGCUGUGUCCAUUUAGCGAUGAGGAAAUUGAGGCUCAGAGCACAAGCCAGGUGCCGGAGGUGGGAGUUGGUCCGCCUUCCUCCUACCGGGACAUGGUUGCAGCUGGGAGAGGGCUGUGGGAGGGGAACAGGAUGUGCAGCCCCGGGGCAAGGGCACAGCUGCUCCCCUCUGGCUAUGAAGAGGUUAACUCGGCCCCUCCACACCUGGAGGUCAGAACCUGGCCUGCCCUCUGUCUUCUCACCACCCACCCCCUGUUUGAGGUUCUGAGAAGGUCAAGGGUGGCCCCAGCAGCUGAAUUCUCAGGCUGGGCCCCUCACCCGGCAGAGUCCAUAGUGGAGGGGCCUCGGUGAUCUCUCAUCUAGCAUGGACCCUGCUCUGAGACCUGACAAAGAGCUUUUUUCAUGCCCCAGCCACCCUGGCAGGGAGGGCCUGGUCUGAUCUCAUUUUAGAGGCAGUUGCCCCACACAUAGCCCCUUGACCUUCCCAUCACCUCCUCAUCAGGGCAUGCACUUAUUGAGUGCUUGCUAUGUGCCCCUCACGGCAGGCCCACAGCACUCUGAACAGGCACAGCCCUCCCAUCUUCCCAAUGAGGAAAUGGAUUCAGGAAGAGCCACUCAGUCCACACCCCAAUGGAAAUGGGGGCCCUCCUAUCUCAGGGUCUCUCGGGGAUCCCCUCUCCCGCUACUCACCUGGGUCAGGGCUAGGAGGCAGGGGCCGCAGGCUCAGGCUGACCCAGGCCAGCCAGCAUGGCAGAGAGGUCCUGCAUGAACAGCUUCACCUGGGGGGGAGCCCAACGCGAAGUCACAUCCCAGCCCCAGAGCCACUGUCCAGCCCCCAUCCCUCAACACGCGGGGAGGCCAAAAGGCAGGGUGGGGACUGGAGACCCCCUCAUUAAAAGAACAGCAGUGAUGGUGGUUCCCAGAGGUGGUGACUGAGAUCCUAAACUGUUCUGCGUUUUAAAAGCCUCAGGCCAACCUUCCCAACUGCUGCGUGAGCAGACACCUUCACAGCUUCCUUGCUGCUGUCAACUGUACUAUCCAAUUAGUAUUUUCAUUUAUAUCAAUCAGCUUUAUUUUCUUGUACCUGGAUCAGUCAUAUUCAUUGGUUUGUGAUCUACUCUUAUCUCCAUGGGUGGCCGUCCUUUAUUGUGUUUUAAUUAACUUCUUUAUGAAUAUGAAUAAAUGCCAUGGAUCCAUUGUAAAAA